UGAAGGAUCGUCUGUCACGAUGGUCGAGGAGAACUUGAUGGCCAAGUUGGGUAUCACCGGGAGUCCAGCGCCACUCUGUCUACGGUGGACGGCCAACACAUGUCGAACGGAGAAAAAUUCUCAGAUCGUGUCGAUUACCAUAUCCGGCGAAGAUAAGCAGCAAAGGUACAAACUAGUUGGAGCUCAAACGGUUGAAUCUCUCAAUUUGCCGCGGCAAAGCUUCCAUUACGACGAGGCUGUUAAACGUUUCGAAUAUCUGAAGAAUCUCCCGUUGAGAAGCUACGAGAAUGCUACACCCAGGAUUCUGAUUGGAGUCGACAACCUACAGCUCGCCGUUCCCUUGAAAGUCCGCGAAGGAGAUCGAUCCGGCCCCGUUGCAGCAAAGACCAGACUUGGAUGGUGUGUCUACGGCCAACAGAAGGAAGGAGAUAAGGGUGCCUACUGUUUUCAUGUCUGUGAAUGCACCCCCAACGAGGCACUCCAUGAGUCGGUGAAGCGGUUUUUUGCAGUAGAGGAAGCAGGAUCUUCAAAACCCAUCCUUUCGGUGGAAGACCAGCGAGCCCAGCAGCUUCUGCAGAGUACGACGCGAAGAGUUGGUGAACGAUACGAGACAGGACUACUGUGGCGGACGGACUACGUGGAACUGCCGGACAGCUAUCCCAUGGCGGUCAGUAGGAUGAAAUGUUUGGAACGGCGUAUGGACAAGGAUCCGAGUCUGAAACUGAAAAUUCUCCAGAAGGUGCAGGAGUAUGUGGAUAAGGGAUACGCCCACGUAGCAACAGAAGACGAGAUAGCCAGUGCUGACCCGAGGAGAGUCUGGUUUCUUCCAUUGGGAGCUGUCACAAAUCCCAAAAAACCGUCUAAAGUGCGCAUCAUCUGGGACGCAGCAGCAAAGGUCGAUGGAUCGUCGUUGAACAGUCAUCUUUUGAAGGGACCAGACCAGCUUACUGCACUCCCCUCGGUACUUUUCCGCUUUCGACAGUUUGGCAUAGCGGUAAGUGCCGACAUACAAGAGAUGUUUCAUCAAAUAAAGAUAAAAUCAGAAGAUAAACAUGCUCAAAGAUUUCUUUUCCGGUUCGAUACUGACCAACCUCCUUCGCAAUACGUUAUGGACGUAACUACUUUUGGAGCCACUUGUUCACCGGCCUCAGCGCAGUUCGUUAAGAACUUAAACGCCAAAGAACAUUCCCAUCAGUAUCCUCGGGCAUCCCAGCGUAUAGUCGACAACCAUUAUGUCGAUGACUACUUGGACAGUUUUGAAGAUGAGGAUGAAGCCAAGCAGAUCACAGAGGAAGUUCGUACAGUCCAUCGCAACGGCGGAUUCAACCUGCGGAACUGGAAUUCCAACAGUGGUGCUGUCCUGGAGUUUCUCGACGAGCCAGCAGUAACAAGUGACAAGAACAUCAAUUUAGUCAACAAGGAGCAAACUGAACGGGUUCUGGGGAUGCUGUGGGCAACGAAAUCCGACGAAUUACGGUUCGCCACUCAAAUGAGCGAGGAGGUCAACGAUCUGAUAGGAACCUCUACACGCCCCACGAAACGUCAAGUUCUGCGCUGUGUAAUGACGUUUUUUGAUCCCCUAGGACUGCUCGCAACGUUCCUCAUCCAUGGAAAGGUAUUAAUACAGGAACUGUGGCGAACAGGGAUCGACUGGGACGAGAAAAUUGGAGACGACCAGUUCAAUCGGUGGAGAGACUGGAUACGCAUGAUCCAGUUUAUAGAUACGAUCCGCACUCCGAGAUGUUACUUUGAUUCGGCAACGAGACAAACCUACGAGGACGCUCAGAUACACGUUUUCGUUGACGCGAGUCCUGCUGCAUACUGCUGCGUGGUAUACAUUCGUGUAACAGACCAAGAAGGGUACGGACAUUGCUCGUUAGCAGCUGCAAAGGCAAAGGUGGCACCACUGAAGCCCAUGUCUAUACCUAGACUAGAACUGCAGGGAUGUGUCCUCGGUUCAAGAAUGCUGAAAUUCGUUCAAGAAAACCACUCCAUCGCCUUCACAAAACGAUUUUUGUGGACGGAUAGCACAACAGCUCUUUCGUGGAUCAAUUCGGAUGCAAGCAAUUAUCGACCCUUUGUGGCUCAUCGGGUGGUAGAGAUCCAGGAUUCUACAAACAGUGAUGAAUGGAAAUACGUGCCGUCCUCAUGCAACCCAGCUGACGAGGGGACCAAGUGGGGCAAGGGACCUUACUUUCACUCCGAGAGCCAAUGGUUUGUUGGCCCCCAGUUUCUCACAUACCCUGAAGAACACUGGCCGAGAACUCCUUCAAUAUCUGUUCAAGAGAGGGAAGAACUGCGCAAACCAGUGAUGAACCAUGUGUCCGUAGAACCCCUCAUCAAAUUCGAAAGGUUUUCAAAAUGGGAGAAGCUUCAACGAACCGUGGCAUACGUGUUGCGGUUUCUACACAACCUUAAGCCGCAUCAAAUUAAAGCAGUUGGAGAGUUUCACCAGCAGGAACUGCAAGCGGCAGAAGCAGUUAUUAUUCGACAAGAGCAGUGGACGUCGUUUCCGGAGGAAAUGGCGACCCUUACCCAAAGGCAGAAGAAUAGUCUACAAACGAUUUCGAAGGCAAGCAAGCUGUAUCAACUAGUACCGGCGUUGGAUGAACAAGGAGUUAUGCGCCAAAACGGGCGUAUCGGAGCAGCUAAGAAUGUGUCGUACAAUAUGCGGUAUCCGGUGAUCCUUCCAAAGAACGGUGUGGUCACUAUGUUAAUAGUUGACAAAUACCACAGAGCCUACAAGCACGCGAAUCCAGAAACGGUUGUCAACGAAAUCCGCCAGAACUUCGAAAUUCCAAGACUUCGAUCGAUCGUUCGACGAUAUGGACGCCAUUGUCAGUACUGCAAACUUCGAAAAGCAAUACCAUCGAUCCCUCCAAUGGCUCCUCUACCAGCAGCGCGCCUUGCUGCUUAUUGUCGACCGUUCAGCUACGUUGGACUGGACUAUUUUGGCCCUCUGUUGGUCAAGCAGGGACGGGCAAACGUAAAACGAUGGAUAGCACUUUUUACUUGCCUUACCGUGCGUGCUGUCCAUCUAGAGGUUGUAAGCAGCCUGACGACCUCAUCCUGUGUUUCGGCGGUACGAAGAUUCAUCGGACGACGGGGAGCACCAGUAGAGUUCUAUAGCGACAACGGGACGAACUUUCAAGGUGCGGAAAGGCUUCUACGGGGACAAAUUGAGCGGGGAUUGUCAUCGACCUUUACUAGUGCACAAACGAAGUGGCUGUUCAUUCCUCCAGGUGCACCGCACAUGGGCGGCGCCUGGGAGAGAAUGGUGCAGUCUGUGAAAGCUGCCAUGGGUGAAGCUUACGGGGACGGGAAGCUUGACGAAGAAGGACUAUGGACUCUGGUAGUUGAGGCUGAGAGCAUGGUCAAUUCCCGGCCGUUGACGUACCUGCCGCUCGACGCCGAAGAGUCGGAGGCAUUAACUCCCAAUCAUUUUCUGCUUGGGAGCUCCAGUGGAAUAAAAGAACCAAGCCAUGACAUACUUGAUCAACCACGCGACCUUCAGAGGACGUUUCUCGAUAUUCAGGACCAACUGAACUCCUUCUGGAAGCGCUGGUUGCGCGAAUACCUGCCAGUCAUUCGAAGGCAACCGAAGUGGUUCGAUGAAGCAGUUAGGGAGAUCAAAGAGGGAGACUUGGUUCUGAUCACCGAAGAUGGGAAACGAAGCGGAUGGACCCGAGGUCGGGUCAAAAGCGUUAUUCACGGACAAGAUGGGAAGAUACGUCAAGCAAUACUGCGCACUGCUAAUGGAUAUUUGCGAAGACCAGUGACGAAGAUAGCCUUGCUAGAUGUUGGGAGAAUUAGUGCAGUCUUACCCGAUGGGAAGAUGCACCCGGCGGAGGAUGUUACCGCAAGUCUAUUACACCAGUGCCGAAAGGGUGAAGACCAACAGCGGACAAUAGAUGACAGCCGUCAUCGAGAGCGCUAUUGUUACGCUGUCACCGAUCGUUGUACAUGAGGAAGAAAUUGAUGUGUCAAUGCUGAACGGCAUGGUUGUGAUUCGGUAGUUAAGAAUUUCAUCAUAAAUCGUUUAUUUUCAAUAUAUUGCAUACUACUCGAAUUAAUCUGCCGUUGCAACGCACUAUAUGCACCGAAUUGUUGUAAUAAGCUAACCCUAUUCGUAAACCAAGAAGCACUAAAUUGUGAGUUUAAUUUGGUAAAUUAUUAUUUGCAUUACUUAUACUAUGACUAUUUGUAGCUUUGAAGCGGAAUAAACACAGCUGUCAAAUCUUAGUGCGAGGGUUUUCAU